GACCAGAGAGGACACAUCUGGAGAAUGACAGGAAGAGGGGAGCGUGGACUACUGGGCUCCGAGUUGGGCCCCUGAGGUUUGAGUCCUGGCUCUGCCCUCAGGAGUGAUGAGAGCAGGGGGGCGUGACCAUAGGGCUCCCAGUUGGCCCCUUGGGUGUAAGUCCUGGCUCGGCCCUCGCUGGCCUUCUGGCCUUCCUUAAGGGACUUGAACUUGCCGAAGGAGUGUGUCUGCAUCGGUGAGGCGGGCUCUAGCUAUCUCCCGGGACUGUUGGAAAGACAGCAGCGGCACACCAUCCAGCCCAGCCAUGCUCAGCAGAGGCCGCCAGGAGGCGUGUCUCCUUCCCCAGCCUCCUAGUCCCUUUCUGGUCUCCUCCCACUUUCUGCUCCAGAUUUCAAGGGAAGAAAGGGUUCCAUAGUCUACAAAUCUGCUUACAAACCGUCAGUUUCUAUGAAACAUAAUGGCCAUGUUCUGCAAGGGUGGUGGCGUCAGGAACAAAAGGGUCAAAUCACAGGACCUGGCAACUGGCUGGACUGAUCUGGAACUCCAGAUAAAUCAGAGGCUGGGACACAGAUGUGGAUACCACGUGGGAGUGUGGAAAGGAAAGAGAGCAAGGCCCCAUGGGUGGCGGGGAGCUGAAGAAGCACUCACAGGAAGGAGCACUCACAGGAAGAAGCACCCACAGGAAGGAGCACCCACAGGAAGGAGCACCCUCAGGAAGGAGCACCCUCAGGAAGGAGCACUUGCAGGAAGGAGCACCCUCAGGAAGGAGCACCUGCAGGAAGGAGCAUCCUUAGGAAGGAGCACCUGCAGGAAGGAGCACCCUCAGGAAGGAGCACCUGCAGGAAGGAGCACCCUCAGGAAGGAGCACCUGCAGGAAGGAGCAUCCUUAGGAAGGAACACUCACAGAAAGGAACACCUUCAGGAAAGAGCACCGGCAGGAAGGAGAACUCACAGGAAAAAGCACCUGCAAGAAGAAGCCCACAAAGGAACUACCAGAUCUCCAAGGAUGGAGAAACCUCUGUGGGCAGCACCACAGCCAAGGGGCAGGGCCACCUCCCGGAAGAAGGGGGUAACAGGAGCCGUCCACCCUGGGCAUGGGCAGGCAGUGUGGCAUUGCCUGCAGAGAAUCUAAAACAACACAGAGCUGACCGGAGGCCACCUGCUUUUGAUCGUCACCAUGCAUUGCCCAUUCUAAACAACGUCAGUGAUAAGGCAUUCCUCUCUGCCUGGGCCAGCCUCGCCCGCAACCCCUUGCCCCAUUCCCCCAGAUGCUUCUGCAUUAAUUGACACGUUUUCUGGCACUCUUCAAAUAAAUACCCUCGUGACACAUCUAAUUCAGAUAUUUUC